AUGGGCGCAUUGCCAGAAGAUAACAUAGCCGAUCUCAUCAAAACCUACAAUGAGCUCAACAGCAACCGUAUCGAGGAGCUUGCUGAUGAGCCCAGCGCUCUGGAGUUCAUGAGAUAUGUUGCCCGCAACACCCCCUUCGUCGUCCGCAACGCCGCUACAUCUUGGGAGGCAUACAAGAGAUGGGAUAAAGACUUCCUCCUGAACACACUGGAGGGCCAGUCCGUCAACGUCGCCGUCACUCCACACGGGAACGCUGACGCACCCACGCCACUUCCCACCGGCAUCCUCUCACUCUCCAAACCUCACGAGGAGCCUCAGCGCUUCGACACCUUUCUCAACACCAUCAUCGCCCAAACAGCCGAGGACCUCUCUUCCUCGCCACCAACCGCCGUCUCGCCCGAGGUCCUCUACGCCCAGACCCAAAACUCGAACCUCCACACCGAGUACGCCCCUCUCUUCCACCUCGACCACUUGCCCCGCUCCCUGCCCUUUGCCCGCAUCGCCCUCGACCAGCCACAGCCAGACGCCCUCAACCUCUGGAUCGGCAACGCCCGCGCCACGACGGCCCUCCACAAGGACAACUACGAGAACCUCUACGUCCAGCUCCGCGGCCGCAAGCGCUUCGCCCUGCUGCCCCCGCACUGCCACCCCUGCGUCAACGAGCGACCGCUCCGCUCGGCCACCUACCGCCGCCGCUGCGCCGGCGGCGGAGCCGACGCCGACAAUGACGGCACCCUCGUCCUCGAACCUGACGGUGACGGCACCGAAGAUGUCCCCUUCGCCACCUGGGACCCGGACCGCCCCGACGAGAAUGCAACGCCCUACUCGCACCUCGCGCGGCCCAUGAUCGUUGUGCUCGAGCCCGGCGACAUGCUCUACCUGCCUGCCAUGUGGUAUCACAAGGUCUCGCAGUUCUGCAUCCCCGAGGACGAGGGAUUUGUCCUCGCCGUCAACUACUGGUAUGACAUGGACUUUAGCGGGCCGCUCUACCCACUGAGCUCCUUCGUUCGUAACUCUGCCCUCAAAGCGCAGGCUGAAGCAGAAGGGCACGAGGUCUGA